AUGACAACCGAAGUCGAACUCAAAGCCGGCCAUUUGCCCGCUGAAAUCGUCGGCGGCCGUCGCGUCGUCAACAAAAAGGAGCGUCGCAUCUCUGAAACCGAUCGUGUCGAGGCGCCCACCGCCGCCGAGGUCGAGGUCCGCGAGAUUCUCGAUACCGAUCUUCCAGCCAAGAUGGAGCGCUCAUACCCAACCGAGUCGGUGAAAAAAAUGCACGAUCCAAGACCAGUCAAAGAUUUCCCAAAGCAUCAGCCAGAGAUCAGAAACCAUCACAACUUCCAACCAAGAAAGAGCACCCACUGA